AUGUCACAAUUGCCUGGAAAUGAAAAAUAUUCAAAUUGGACUAAAAAACAACUUAUCGAAAAACUCUUAUUUUACGAAUCAAACCUUGAAGAAAACACUUUAAAUUCUACAAAUUCCCAGAUAAUUCUAACAAAAAAGGUAGAUAAAAAGAAUAAAAAAUCAACUUCUGCUAGGCCUUUUGACUGGUCAAAAUAUUCAAUAAGAAGUAUUGCUUUAAAAAUCGCUUAUUUGGGUUGGAAUUAUAGUGGUUUCGCCUCUCAGGGAAAUGAAGAUGAUUUUCCUUCUAUUGAAGGUCAUUUGUUUAAAUCUUUGUUAAAUGCAAAAUUAAUAGCUGAUCCAUCGGAUUGUAAUUUUUCUAAAUGUGGCAGGACCGAUAAAGGUGUUAGUGGAUUGGGUCAAGUAGUUUCAUUAGACGUCAGAUCAAAUCUUCCAAAAAAUACCUCCUCUGACAUAACUAAUAAUAAGAAAAUUGAAGAAGUGCCAUAUAUUGAUACUUUAAAUAGGUUAUUACCAGAUGAUAUUAGAAUAUUAGCUUGGGCUCCUGUUGAUAAAGAUUUCAGUGCAAGAUUUAAUUGUAAAUCUAGAAAAUACAAAUAUUUUUUCGUUCGUGGAAAUUUAGAUAUAGAGUUAAUGCGUGAAGCGGCAAACCGAUUUCUUGGAACUCAUGAUUUUCGUAAUUUUUGUAAAGUUGAUGGUUCUAAACAAAUUACUAAUUUUGAACGCACUAUACUCGAAGCAAGAAUUGAUCCAGUGCAAUACAAGCAUCAGGAUAAUCCUUUAGAAUUCAGAGAAUUUUAUGUAUUUAACUUGCGUGGAACAGCAUUUUUGUGGCAUCAAGUUAGAUUUAUGAUGUCAAUUCUUUUUUUAAUAGGACAAAAGUUAGAAUCUCCAUCUAUCAUUGACAACCUUUUGGAUAUCACAAAAACGCCUGCUAAGCCUAAUUAUGAAAUGGCUAGCGAGAUUCCGUUGGUGUUAUACGAUUGUGAAUUUGAUAAUCUUGAAUGGCAAUAUGGACGUGAUUCCGGCACUUCGUUCAAUACUCUCUCAAGACUUUAUAAACAUGUUUAUGGACAGUGGUACAUUCAUACGACAAAAUCUUUAGUUUAUUCAACACUUCUUUACGAUCUUGGCGAAAUGUCUUUAAAUCAAAUAAUGCAAAAUGAAAUGAAAGAACAAAAUACGCAAAACAAGUCGUUAAAAGAUUUUGUUUAUUCCGAUAAUAAUAUAAUAACUUCAUCAACUAAUGCAUCAACUUCUAUUAUUCUUGGAGGCGGCAAAGAACAUAGAAUUCGCAAUUAUGUUAAGAUUUCUAAUAAGAAAACGUGUGAUACAGCAGAAAGCAAGAAUGAAAAGUAUAAAGUAAAAAGAAUCAAAUUAGAUAACAAUGAAAUAGAAACAUAA